AAGGGAUCCACAUUGCCUCGUCAUAACAUUGACAAUUGCUUGUCUCCACUGCCAGCAGUUUGUAGACGCGCACACCGAAGUUGGACAAGUCGCUUGCAUUGGCAACGUCCUCGUUUCAUUGCUUCCAAUUGCUGCCCUCUUCAUCACCUCUUUUGGGAAGGCCUGUCCUUCUUCUUGAGAUCCUGGUGUGUUUGUACUGGGGUUUAUGCUUGUCCUGCGACGCAUUGGAGAAGUGUUCUUCCAAGCAUCCUGGAAACUCGAGAGUGGUGUUGCUUUUCUGUGGCUUGGUAGAGCUAGCACUCAACGUCAACGAGCUACUGUACAUUAGCAGUUAGACUUAGCUGCCCGAGUGUACAGAAUUGGCAUAGCGUAACCUUAGGUGUCUCGUGUGUUUGUGAAGUGAUGGCGGAUUCCAAGACCAAGGAUGACGGAAGCACGCUGAGUUUUCGUCCAGGCAGGCCUACUGAUUCACCAAGGGGUGCCGACGGGCCUUCUUUGCAACCCCAGUGGUUGAAAUCACCUGGGCCGAAAGAUGCUGGUCGCAGCCCUGCCGGGCCCCCUGGCUACCCGGGUACCGACAAGCCUCGCUGGGGGAAAGAUCCGCCGCCAGCUCGCCCCUUCAACAAGGACAUUGAAUGGCGCAAGCCGGGGGGUAGCGGUGCUGAUUGGGAGCCAGAAGGGGACCCCAGUCGGCCCCCCGACAACCGUUGGCGGGAUGAGGAGCGCGAAGGGGGGGCGCAGGCAAGGGCCGCCAAUGGGUUUCGUGAUCGUUGGCAGGUUGACAAGGCAGGGGAGGGAAACAAGUGGGGCGCCGCCGAUGGCGCUGGAGGGCAUGCUGUUGAUCACAGGAGGGAGCGGUGGGGCGACGCAGGCGGAGAGAUUCGCAAGUGGGGGGGUAACCGGUGGGACAACGACAGAGACAAGGAGGUGCCCCCUCCUCGGAACAAAUGGGGGCCUGAGCCGGAGCGGGACGGUGGGGCUCCUCCUGGGCCAAGAGCGCCCCCCGAAGAUGCAGGUUUCCGCCGUGCGGGGAAUGAUCCGUGGAGACCAACGGGAAGGGGCAGGGGCGGCGCUGAUCCGCCACCCACUGGGUUUGCCAUCCCCCCUGGAGGGUUUGCACGGGGUCGGGGGCGCGGCAGGGCGCCUGGGUUUGCGGGCCCACAGGAGCAGCGGCCGCCGAUUGGGGCGCCGGCAGGGGGUUUCGUGGGGGCAUUUUGGGACCACCAGACGCCCUUGCCGGAGAGGGAGGGGGUGCAGGAGCAGCCGAGGGCGCAUCGGUAUUCGAAGGAGACAAUGCUCGAGGUGUAUCGGAAGGUGCGAGGGACGGCCCGGUUGAAGAAGCCGGAGACGACAGCGGAGGUGGAGGAGAUCAUCGUGAAGGAGGGCGGGGAACCGCUGGCGUUCAUUCCGCUUGAUGAGGAGGACAAGAGCUACUAUGAGAGCAUCCGCAAGGGGGAGCCCAUUCGCCCGCCGCCGCGCAACAAGGAGGCGUUUGAAGCGGCUCCGACUCCACCAAAGGACACUUUGCAGCCUGGCAUAGGACGAGGCAGGGGCCAACCCAGGCCUGCUGCUCCAGGUAUUGGCGAUGAGAAGUCUGGUGGCGACGAUGGUUUCUUUGAUGCCCCUGCACUCAGCGCGCAACGCGGCGCAGGUGGCGCACAGUUCGAGAGAGCAGCAGAAGCACGCUUUGCUGAUGCUGAAAGGGCUGCUCUGCCUGCUAGAGGGCGCGACGAACACCAACCCUGGCGCCGCAACGACGGCCCCCCGCCCCGCAAGGAAGACGAGGUCCGCCCGAAGGAAGCGCCCAAGCCAGGUGACGACGCUCCAGGUGCGAAGGACUGGCGGAGCAACCGGUUCGCAGAGGAAGACCGCGUGUGGCGCAAGCAAGCGGAGGACAAAGCGGCAGCCGAGAGGGAGAAGAGGGUUGCGCCGGCGACGCCACCCCCCAAAAGCGAAGAGCCGCCUCACCGGGCGGACCAAGCAUCAACGUGGCGAAAGGACGAGUCUGACAAAGGGCGUGCGCAGAAACCCGUGGAGAGUGCGGUACAUCUGUUGCCGGACGAUUUGCUCUCUGGGGGGGGCAGAGAGGAGCCCGCGCCUGAGCUGUGGGAGACGGGGGGGGAGCACGAAAACGACGAGGCGCACACGGAGGGGGGGCGCGAGCCCCCUGCGCUGUACUGGUACAAGGACCCCCAGGGGGAGACGCAGGGGCCGUUCCCGCAGGAGGACAUCGAGCAGUGGUUGGAGCAAGGAUUCUUCACCGCAGACCUGCCCGUACGCCGGCACACGCUCCCAGAGUCGGCGCCGUUCGUGCCGCUGGGCACCGCACUGCCGCACCUGAAGCCCAAAACGCCGCGCAUGCCUCCGGGGUACGAGCAUAGGGAGACGGAAGCGGGGAGGACGGAGGUGCGGGAGGGGACCUUGGAGCGGGGCUCAAGGCCCGGGACUGGAGCGGAGGCAGACACCCCGUACCAGCGAGCUGUGCCAGACGCAAAGGCGGCGGCAGCUGCUGAGCAUGCAGCCUGGCAGCAGAACCACGUCGCCCAGUCCCAACAAGUCCCGAAGCCUCAAACCCCCGAGCAGCCUCCCAUCCAGCUACACUACCCAAGCCUCCAAACCGAGCCCCCCAAGCUGCAACAACAACCCCAGUUCCAACCACCCCCGGCAGAGCCUCCCUUCCCUCCCCACUUUCCCGGUGCCCCUGACCUAUCCUUCCUCCAUGGGGACGAACCGCCCAAGCCCCAGACCCCCCUGGACCAGUUCCCCCUCUUCCGGGGGGAUCCGCAACGCCCUGCGGAGCAGCCCCCCAAAACGGAACGGCCGCCCGGGCAGAAGAGGCCGGAACACCCGCCGCUGCUGCUGGGAGAGAGCUCGAUGCCGUUCCCGCAGCCCAUUAUGUCUGCGGAGGUGUUUGCUCAGUUGGGGGGCAACCACGAGCAGUAUCUUGCUUACUUGAACGAGCAGCGCGAACUGCACGCCCGCUUCUUCCAGCAGGUUCACCUGCAACGCCAGCACAGUGGCCUUUCGCAGCAUGGCGAGGGGCCUGCUUUCCCUGCCGGAGUACCCCCUCAUUUGCAGCCCCCACAGCAGGCCCACUCUUUGGAGCAAGUCGAAGCCGAGCAGCGCCAGCGCCAGCGUGAACGCGAGGAAGCCGAGCGCCGUGCACGCACCCCCUUAGAACAGCCUCCCUUCCUCGGGGGGCCCUUCCCGCCAGACAUUCUUCCCCCCCACAUGCGCUUCCCCGGCCCCGAGCAGCACGGCUGGCCGCCGCGCCCCCCCUUCGAGACACCCGAGCAGAAGUUUCACCAGGAGAUGAUGAUACGUCAGCAGCAACACGAGCAGAACCUGCUGCGGUCCCAGUCCGGGGGGGUGCGGGAGGAGGCGCGAGCUCAGCCUGAGCUCCCCCCCUUCCUGCAAGGCGUCCUUCCCAGGGAGCGCGCGGGGGGGGUGCCCCCGCAGGAGCAAAGCAUCCCCCCCGAACUGGUGCAAGCGGUUCAGGAAGGGAACCUGCCAGUGGAGGCCUUGGUGCAGUACCUCAAGUCGCUCGGCGUUUCGGCCGGCGAGGGGGGGCAUGGCCAGGGGCAGGAGCACCCUGCCGCAACGAAUGGUCCGCCGGCGGAGCAGCGUUGGGCGAGAGGACCAAUGCCGAACGUUGAGCGGCAGACGAUGCGGGAAGAGCACCCAUCAAGAAUGGAACCGGGUGUCGAGAUCCAGGGGCAGAUGCCGCCGUGGGGGGGCUUCCAAAACGGCGAGCACGUGUCCCAGGGAUUGGGCGCACCGCAGAUUCCGGGGGCCUCGCAAGGUUUGGUUGUUUCGCAAGACGAGCUGCGAGCACAGGAGUUCGAGCGAAUGCACCAAGAGCAUCUGGAGAAGCUGCGGCGGGGGGCUCCGGCCCCGCAGCAGCCGUGGGGAGCUCCUCAGAGCAGCGCCCGGCAGGCAACCCCCCCCGAAAAAGGGCCUUCUAUGGAAGAGCCGGCGAGAUAUCACAAUCGGUUUGAGGCGCCGGCGCCGAAACCGGACGGCCGUCCUCAGUGGGGGCCGGAACCCCAGCCGGAACCGGUGGUCGUGUCGUUGAGUGAGUGGAACAAGCAACCGGAGCAGCUGAAAGCAGGGCCUCCCGUUACGAGGCUUCUGGCACAGCCGCCGAAGGAGGCCCCGUGGACCGUGGCGGCGGCGCCCAAGGAAAAGAAGUCGUUGUUGCAGAUCCAGAUGGAGGAAGCCGAGCGGGAGAGAGCGGAGCGAGCGCGACUGGCAGCGGAAGAAGCGGCGAGGAUUGCGGCGGGGGGUUACAGUGCGAACCAGAGCGGUGCGUCUCCGUGGGGGGGAGCGGGAGGGGGGUCCCGUCCCAAGACGCUGAAAGAGAUCCAGGAGGAAGAAGCGCGCCAGGCUGCGGAGCGCAACGCCAAGGUGUCUCAGGCCCAGGGGGGUCCGGUGUGGGGUCCGAGCCAGGCUCAGGGUACCUCCCCGGUUGGGAACAGGAUGGAGAAACAGGCGCAGCUGCAGGCGAGAGACACUUUGGCGGAGCAGGUGAUUAUGAACGCGGCCGCGGCGGCGCCGCAGACGCCCCCUCCCGGAAAGGAGGAGAAGAGGAAGCGGGCCAAUGAGAUGACGCCACCUGUCAGGACGAUCACGGCGGAGGAGGAGGCGGAGUUUGUGGAAGCGGGGAGCGGGAAGAAGGGCAAGAAGAAGGGGGCGAAGGGCAAGCAGGCGGCGGCAGCGAGCAAGCCAGCGCCCACGCCGUCCCCCAUGCAAUCCGCAUCCCCCUGGGCCGUCGAAGCCGCCGCGACCCGCCCGUCGCUGCGCCAGCUGGCGGCCGAAGAGAGCGCCGCCGCCGAUGACACCCCUCCCGAGUACAGCGCAAAGUCCGCGGCCGGUCCGUCGCUCGCCGACUUCCUCCCUGGGCUGCACCAGGAGGAGAAACCGCAGCAGGCGCCUGCGUGGAACACGAACGGGGGGGGCGCGAAGAGGAUGACGCUCAAAGAGAUCCAGGAGGCGGAGCGGAAGGAAGCGGAGAGGCGGGCCGGGCAGGAGAGGGCGCGCCAGGCGGCGAUGCCACGGCCUGCGCCGACGCAAGCCCCCUCCGGAGCCCCGUGGCAGCGCUCGACUCCCCCGAACGCGUUCUUUCCCCCCGCUGCUGCUCAGCAACAGCCCGCCAACCCCCCUCCCAAGGCUGCCCCGGCACCCCCCCAGCACGUGGACGAUGACGAUGAUCUGUUCUGGGACUACGGCAAGGACGUCACCAUCACGCUCGGGAACGUGCCCAAGGAGCCGGCACAGCCCGCUUUCCCUACACUGAGCGGCCCCCCCAUGCCGCAAGCUGGCGGCAACUGGGCGACCCCGAAGGCGCCGGCUCAGUCUGGUUACAAGCAGGUAGCGGCCCCCAUGGUCGCCGGAGCGCGGGCCCCUGCCGGCGCGGCCGACUUCCCGACCCUGGCCCCCACUGGCGCAGCGGCAACAGCGACAGGAGCCAAGGCCAAGAAGAAGGGCGCGGGCGCAGCGGAACCUGCAGCACCACCCGCUUUCACCCCGGCAACCGCCAAGGCUGGUCAGGAGUUCCGGCGUUGGUGUGAGCAGUGGACGCGGAAACUGACGGGACAGGACGACCUGACCCUGCUCGACUUCUGCAUGACGCUGCCGUCUGCUUCCGAGGCCGGGAACUACAUCAGCGAGUACUGGGGCGACAAGCCGGAGGUGACCGCCUUCAAGGCCGAGUUCUUCAAGCGCCGCAGCGCCAUGCCGGCCUCGGUGUUGCAGGCAGACUUCCUCGGGGGAGAAGCCGUUGUCGGAGACAGGCAUGCGGAGAAGACUUCCAACGCAACUGUACGCGCAGCAGAGAGCACUGAUGAUGCUCAGAGGAGCACUACGGCAUCAGAUGGUGCUGGGAAGAAGAAAGGCAAGAAGGGCAAAAAGGUGGUUGACAACUCGUUGCUCGGCUUUAGCGUUCAUAGCAGUCGAAUCAACAUGGGGACAAUCGAGUCCGCGGCUGAUGCGCAGUGAUGUUGCCUGCACUCUUAGAUUUGUCAGAUGUAGCUGAUUUCAGGUGACAGGAGAGGUUUAGUUUAGGAGUGGAUUCUUUUGUACGAGGAGCUGAAAUUUCAAAAUCGAGCACGCUAAGAAUGUGAUCUUAAUCUGUUUCUUCAGUGGUUCUCUAUUGACUCAAAGCGC